CUGCGUUGAUAGAUACUCAUGACUAUCACUCUCAGCAGAAUUCGGGAGUUCUGAGGGCUCACAUUCUUCCUAGUUGCAUACCACUCAUCUCCCACAGCACUAUUUUCGUAAAUCGAUCACGAAACAUUUCUACUCAACAACUUCUCUGCUGCAAAAUCCCGCAUUUCUCCAGAUCCCCAUAAAAAACAACGGAGGUAGCAGGGCAAAAGUGGGGUUAAUUAGCUAUUUUGUUAGUGUAGAAACGGAGGUGGGGGCAAACAUUUGUCCUUUGACCAGUUAUUAAGCUCUCCUUCUCAAAGCAAAGUGUACAAGUUACCAUCUUUGGACAACGUUAUCCUUUCGCUGUCUCUGGAAAUUUUGAAGUUUGAGAUCAAAUAGGAUAUGAUUGCAGAUUGAAAUUGUUUGUACAUUGGGCCAACGCAGGACCGCCAUCAAGAGCAACAAACCAAAUCAUAAAAACAAGAGCACAGAAUGUCCGCCCGCAGCCCAUCAUCACCAUCAUCAAACCCUCACAAACACCUUCACAAAAUCUACGCCGGCGUCCUAGGAAAACUAAUCGGCGUCUAUCUCGGCCGCCCCUUCGAAAACUGGACCUACCAAGACAUCAUCUCCAAACUCGGUCCGAUCACUUACUACAUCCACGACCAAUUCAACACGCCGCUCGUCGUCAUCGACGACGACGUCUCAGGAACAUUUACUUUUAUCCGCGCGCUCAACGAACACCCCGCCCGCAAGAGUCUCAGCAGCGCAGAUGUAGGCCGCACAUGGCUCAACCACGUCAUCGAAGGCCGCACCGUGUUCUGGUGGGGCGGCAACGGCAUUUCAACUGAACACACCGUGUUCAACAACCUCAAGAAACGAGGGCUCCUCGCGCCGGACUCGGGGAGCAUCAAGACGAAUGGUUACACGCUGGCCGAGCAGAUCGGCGCGCAGAUCUUCAUAGAUGCCUGGGCGCUCGUGGCUCCUGGGAACCCGGAUCUUGCUGCGGAGCUCGCGAGGGCUGCCGCGAGGGUAUCGCACGAUGGUGUUGCGGUCGAUGCUGCGGUGCUGUGGGCGGUUAUGGAGGCUGCGGCUUUCGAGUCUAGCGAUGUCGAAGUCUUGCUGGAUACUGCGCUGGGGUAUAUUCCUCGCGACUCUAGUUUGCGUCCGUUGAUCGCGGAUAUAAGACGCUGGGCAAGCGAAGAUGGGAAGUGGGAAGUCACGCGGGACAGGAUCGAAGAGAAGUACGGGUAUCAGCAUUAUAGGGGGAUAUGUCAUAUGAUUCCCAACCAUGGGAUCAUGAUUCUAGCACUGUUGUACGGUGGACACGAUUUCAGCACCGCCAUGCAUAUUAUCAAUACCUGUGGGUGGGAUACCGAUUGCAAUAGCGGGAAUGUAGGGUGCUUGGUCGCUAUCAUGCAUGGGUUGGAAGGGUUUGUGAAUGAGAAAGGGUUGGAUUGGAGAGGGCCGUUGGCGGAUCGCGCGUUGAUAAGUAGUGCGGACGGCGGGUACUCGAUCAACGACGCGGUGCGCAUCUCGUACGAUCUUGCGGAUAUGGCGGCGAGACUUGCUGGAGAGGAACCGCUGCCUAUUCCUAAAGACGGUGCACAAUGGCAUUUUAGUCUUCCGGGGAGUGUUCAGGGCUUUCACGUUUCUCCUUCUCAGGAAGAAAUCGUCACUGUUAAGCAGGGCGAGGCAGAGGAUGGUGAUCCCGCAUUGGGGAUAUACAUGACUUCACACAAAGACAUAUCAACCCCAUUAGAGAUCCUCACGCAUACAUUCACGCCCGCCGACGCUCUGGCCGUUAAGCGCGACUACGAGAUGAUGGCCUCUCCACUCGCUUUCCCAGGGCAAACUCUCACUGCAAAAGUCUCCUCUGCAUCGGGUUCUCCCGGGGACAUCUCCGUGAGUCUGAGACUCAAAGCGUACGACUACAACGAUGAGCUCGUCACUGUUGACGCGCCCUCGGUUUCCAUAGCCCCAGGUGCUCAACAAACCCUUUCGUGGAUAAUCCCUACAGACUUGCAAAACAAACCCAUAGCAUAUCUCGGGCUCGCCGUCACUCCUUCGUCAACAACAGCAACAAACAACAUCGGCAGCGGCAGCGGCAACAAAAGUAAUGAGAUUAUAGCCCAUCUCCACAGCCUCAAAAUCUCUCAAACGCCUGCCACAAAAUUCACACGGCCCCCUCGCCCCAGCGGACCAGGCCUCGAGAGCUUAGGCCCAAGCAUGUGGCGUAACAGCUGGAUCGACAGCGUCUCGAAAGUGCAGUCCUUCGGGCCCUCGUUCCACCUCGGACAGGACAGCGGCGAAGGGUUAUUCUACACCGGUACCAGCUUGUGGGAAGACUACAGCGUCGUUGCUAAGGACCUGGUGGUGAAUUUGGGCGAGAUGCAUGGUGUAGCGGUGAGAGUCCAGGGGCUGAAUCGGUAUUACGCUGCUGUGCUGUACAAAGAUGCUAGGGAUGGGAGUGAGAGAAGAGGAAGGUUUGGCAUUCUGAAAGCUCGGGAUGAGGAACGGUCGUUGCAUGCGUCCGUUCCUUUGGACUGGGACGUAGACGUCGAAUAUAGUAUUGCUGUGGAUGUGGUGGGGACUAAAAUCCGCGCACAGGUCGUCGGCGAAGUGGAGAUCAGCUGGGACGACGAUGAUGGUGCUGCUUAUCGGUGCGGUGCGGCUGGAUUCGUCGUGGGAGAGGGGAGUCUCAGUGCUGAGAGCCUGGGUGUCGAUCCGUGUUCUUCCACGUGA